GGGCAGGGUGCAGCCCCGCGGUUCCAUCCCGCAGCAGCAUGUUCAUCUGCAUCAGCCAUGGUGGUGAGUCCCCUCCCGGCCACGAGGACGUGGCGGGGGGACGCUGCGGGUCUCCAGGACGUCCCCUUGGCCACCGCCACUGUCCCCGCAGACAACCAGAGCUUCCUGGUCAACACCGACUGCCCCGUCCUGCUGCUGCUCUCCCACCUGAGGAGCAAGGUCGGGGUCCCCGUCACCGACGUCAUCGACCUGUGCGACAAGCUGGGCACCCCCAAGCUGCUCUUCCAGGUCAAGACCCUACGGGAGAGGGCCAGCGAGUUCCUCCCGGCGCCCGGCACCUACUACGUCUGCAGGGUGGACCUGGGCACCCCCGGCACCGCGCAGGAGCAGGCGUCGCGGACCUUCACGCCCCUGCUGAAGGACCCCAGCGUGGCGCUGACCGAGGCGCUGCGGCAGCACGGGCAGCACCCGCACAGGAGGCUCCAGCGCUCGCUGAAGGCUGCGGAGGGCAGGAGGACGCCGACCACCGAGGCGCUGCCCGCUGGCACCCAAGGCCAGGGAGCGGGCGAGGCGGCGGCGGCGCGAGGCGCGGCGCGACCCGGUGAGGAGCAGGAGGGGGCUCCCCGCAGGGCGCCGCGGCCCCCGGGGGGGCGGCAGCAGCGGCCGAGGCAGCGCUGAGCCCGAUAAAGCCGUGGCGCCGCCCGAGGACGGGGUCACCGGGACCGGGUCCG